AUGUCAUCCGGGUUGAUUGUGAACGCGGUUUUCCUCCAAGACGAGAAGCUCCGCCGGCUGGCGCAGCUCAUCCGCAACCACGAAGUCAACAACAUGUUCUACAUCACCUUCGCCAGCGUCGGCGAACAGCUCCAAUACCUCCGAAUGGUCAACGACAACUUGGCAUCCGUCCACACGAUCCUCGACGAUGCCAAUGCCGUUGUCCACCGCCACCGUGGCGACCCCGUGCGCAGCCACGUCGCCGGCCUCGUCCACGCCUACGUGGAGCAUUCCCUUAACAAUGCCCUCCAGCUCAUCCCAAACUACACCGUCAGACGAGACUAUCUCGACAAGAUGAUCGAGCACCACGAGGCUGUGUACGAGGCCCUCGAGACUCUCAACACCUCCAACCUGGACGCGGUCGAUGAACUCACCGAGACCAUUCGCGAGCUCGACCGGAUAUUGAUCAGUUACAUGAGGCUCACCCUCAACUCCUAUGCCUCGGCCUAA